AGGUGGAGUGAAUCUAGAUAGAGAGAAAAUCUAGACACCGAUUUGCAGUCUUCUUCACCCCGCAAUCAAAAUCCAAUUUCAAGAUUCACGGCCGCCGGAAAACCCAUAAAAAACCCACCACCAAACCAUGUCGUCGUCAACUCCAUCUCCGUCGUCGCACAGCCAUAAGAAACCCACAGAUGAAAACCAAAACGAAGAUCAAAAAAACAAAGCACAACAAAAGCCGACACCAGAGAUCAAGAAACCAACAUUUUUCACACAGCACCCACAAAAACCCACAUGGGUUCUCCCAUACAGAACCCCAUCUCUGAAAAGCCUCUACUCCAUCGGCAAAAAGCUCGGCCAAGGCCAAUUCGGGAUCACCUUCCUCUGCACUGAGAAAUCGACCGGCAUACCCUACGCCUGUAAGUCUAUACCCAAAAAGAAAUUGAUCUGUGUUGAGGAUUACGAGGAUGUUUGGAGGGAGAUUCAGAUAAUGCACCAUUUGUCGGAACACCCAAAUGUAGUGAGAAUAAAGGGUACUUACGAGGAUAGUUUGUUUGUGCACAUAGUGAUGGAGUUGUGUGCUGGUGGGGAGCUGUUUGAUAGGAUUGUUCAGAAGGGGCAUUAUAGUGAAAGGGAAGCUGCUAAAUUGAUCAAGACGAUUGUCGGUGUUGUCGAGGCUUGUCAUUCUUUAGGUGUUAUGCAUAGGGAUUUGAAACCCGAGAAUUUCUUGUUUAUUAGUGCUGAUGAGGAUUCUGCUCUUAAGGCCACCGAUUUCGGCCUAUCCGUAUUCUACAAACCAGACGAAAGUUUCUCGGAUGUUGUGGGGAGUCCUUAUUAUGUUGCACCUGAGGUUUUGCGCAAGCACUAUGGACCUGAGGCAGAUGUGUGGAGUGCUGGAGUUAUCUUAUAUAUUUUACUCAGUGGCGUUCCUCCUUUUUGGGCUGAAACUGAGAUGGGAAUAUUCCGACAGAUAUUACGAGGAGCUUUGGACUUUGAUUCUGAGCCAUGGCCUAUGAUUUCGGAUGUCGCCAAGGAUUUGCUAAGAAAGAUGCUCGAUAGAAAUCCCAAGACACGAUUAACUGCACAUGAAGUUCUGUGUCAUCCGUGGAUUGUUGAUGACACAAUGGCUCCAGAUAGACCUCUCGAUUCUGCAGUUUUAUCACGCCUCAAGCAGUUCUCUGCUAUGAACAAACUUAAGAAGAUGGCUUUACGUGUGAUUGCGGAGAGAUUAUCUGAAGAGGAAAUCGGUGGUCUAAAAGAGCUGUUCAAAAUGAUAGAUACAGACGAUAGUGGAAGCAUAACUUUCGACGAGCUCAAAGAGGGUUUAAAGCGAGUGGGCUCUGAGCUGAUGGAGUCCGAGAUAAAAGAUCUUAUGGACGCGGCUGACAUUGACAACAGUGGGACAAUAGAUUACGGGGAGUUUCUUGCAGCCACUGUGCACUUGAACAAGUUAGAGAGAGAGGAGAAUCUUGUCUCGGCUUUCGCCUUCUUUGAUAAAGAUGGUAGUGGUUAUAUUACCAUUGAUGAGCUUCAACAAGCCUGUAAAGAUUUUGGUCUGAGCGAGCUUCAUUUAGAUGAGAUGAUCAGAGAGAUUGAUCAAGAUAACGAUGGACAGAUAGAUUAUGGGGAAUUUGCAGCGAUGAUGAGAAAAGGAAACGGAGGGAUUGGGAGGAGAACAAUGAGGACUAAUGUUGAUUUGGGGGAAGCGUUUGGAUUAGGGGUUGCAGAUAAUAAUAGUAAAGGAAGCAACUCGCAGACCUAAAUUGGAUUUGUCUACUCCGAUUUUCCCUUUGAUUUUUAAUCCAAUUUUGUCAUAGCAAUUACCCCCCACCCCCACUGAAGAAGCCUCUGUAAGGAUAUGCAAAACUUGAAGCUGUAGGUUAGAUUUGCAAGAACAGAUUGGUGUUUGCAUGUAUCUAACAUACUGAAUUGUAUUCGGAUUAUUUCUGCCAAAUUUUAUAUAUAGCACAAUAUU